AUGAAUAAAUUCGUGAUACUCGGACUUUUCGUUGCUUCGGCAAUGGCAGUUCCCAUGCCGGAUAAUACCGGUAACGUUGACUGUUUGGAGAUGGAGGAUUCCCUCUUCAGUUGUCUCGCUGUCAAGGCCAAUAACGCCCUGUCAAGGGCCGCCAGGUCUAGCGAUAUUCAGCUGAUUUCGGGAAUAACAUUCGUCCGUGACACCCCAAUGGAACGCUCGGGAAAAUCCCUGAAGACCGAGAUCGAAGUUCUGAACGAACUUCCCCGCGACGCCUCCGAUAGAACCAUGAAAUUGUUCUCCAUGCUGUACGACUCAGCCGUGUCCUUCCUCAAGAGCCACAGUCUCAAGAUCAACAUGCCAGAGGAGUCCGUCUCCCGUGCCCUCACCGAAGGUCGUGGCAAGAUCAAGAAGGUCGUCCUCCCCCUGAUCGCCGCAGCAGGCCUCAAAAUCCUGGCCCUCGUCCCAAUCCUCUUCGGUGGACUCGGUCUCCUCGUCCUCAAGGCCCUCGUCGUCGGCAAAAUUGCCCUCCUCAUCGCUGGCAUCCUCGCCUUCCAGAAGCUCUUCGGUAGCGGUGCCAGUGGCGCCAGCGGUUUCGGUGCAUCAAACUUCUUCAAGAACCUUCAGCCAUCUUCAUCCUACUACGACAACAACGCUGGCACCCAGGGGUGGGCCUCUGGUAAUGGCCAACAGCAGCAGCAGGGAUACUACAAGAGGAGUUUCGACGACGGAAAAACCGCCCAGAACCUCGCUUACUCCGCUCACGUCCCCACUGAGACCGACUAA